AUGGAAAUAUGGAACAAAGCAGCCUUGCUCAAGCUUCUGUGGGCAAUUGCUUUCAAAAGGGACAAGCUUUGGGUUAAAUGGGUUCAUGCUUACUAUAUCAAGAGGGCAUCAUAUGAUACAGUAAGAGUUAGUACUCAGUGGUCCUGGAUACUGAGGAAAAUAAUUGACACUAGGGAAUGGCUGCAGAAUAUAGGAGGCUGGCAAGUUCUGAGUACUGGUAACAAGUUUUCAAUCAGGAAAACUUAUAAGCUUCUAAGGGGAGAAUUUGAUAGGGUGCAAUGGAGAAGGCUAAUAUGUAACAAUGAAGCAGCUCCAAAGAGCAAAUUUAUAUUAUGGCUUGGGUUACAAAACAGGCUUGCAACUACAGAUAGGUUAAGCCUAUGGGGUGUUAAUUGUAGUACCACCUGCAGUUUAUGUAGGAGGGAGGAUGAAUCAGUGUAUCACCUCUUCUUCUUAUGUAAUUAUGCAAAUGAUGUUUGGCAAGGGUUGUGUCAUAGUUUGAGGUUUGCAAGAAUAAGUAGCAACCUACAUGACAUUAUUGAAGUAGCAAAAAGGCAAGCAAGAAAGAAAAAUGGGAAGCUCUUUGUGAUGGCUGUUACUGAAUGCUUUUAUGCAAUAUGGAGGCAACGUAACAGUCAAAUUUUUGCUAAUACUGUUCUUCCUAAUUCUACUGUAAUUCGAGAUGUGUUAUUUAGAAUUGCUGUUAGAAGUCCUGAGGAGAUUAGAUGA